AUGUCUGUAAGCCGUCAAAUUUAUGAUGAAGCACGCCGGACGUUUUAUGGUCUAAACACGUUCACAUUUGGAUCGUUCUAUGGUCUACCUGUAUUCCUGAUUGGAAUCGGAGCUGAAAACGCCAUGCUAUUGCGAUCAGUGCGCUGCAAGAGCAAAACAGAUGAAUACAAAGACUAUGCGGAUGACAUUCGAUCAUGUCUAACAAAGGCAGCCGUGGCGGGACAAACGCCAAGCCAAGAACUGCGAAUCCAUCAUUUCGAAGAUCUGUAUUUGAAUCUUGUAACCCGAGGACAACCCCCAGUUGAUGUACCUACUUACUGGUCCAAUGAUUGUCGUCUGGUGCGACCCGAUAUUGCAGACGCCCGCGCCUUCCCAGGUCGAAAGCGUUUUUCCCUCAACGUCACUCUUCGGAAAUAUGAAGUAGACGGACGAAAUGCCGAUCGAAGGUCUACGGUUUCGUUUGAACUAUACAUACAGAAGAAGCGAGCAUGUGUAUAA